CGCGUUCUUGAAGUCACCAUUCUGUAGUCAAAAUACGCGAUAUCACACGUGGUUGCGUUCUAGCCAUGCAUGCAGGGGAUGGGAGCUGGUUCUUAUAAGUAUAGUUCUAGUUCUAUAGCCGUGCAUUAGAAUGUAUCUAAAUGCCGAGUGCUUUUGUUGCGUUCGGAGUUCGGAGCUUUUUAUCCGAUAGUUAUCGACGGUCUUCAGUGAAAUGUGAUGGCCAAAUUCUGAAAUAAUACCAAAAAAUGUCUUCCAGUGUUCGAUGGGCUUUUAAUCUAGCAAAAUGGGAACCUUCGGAGCAAGAAUUUUCAUUUGCAGUAUCAUGUUUGCAGGUUGAUGAAAAGGCUCGAUUAGAUAAAUUUGUUUAUAAAAAAGAUGUGAAAGCGUCACUGAUAGGAAGACUAUUGAUGAGAAAGUAUGUUAGUGAAACCGCAGGCAUUCCCUAUAAUACUGUAGAAUUUUCAAGGGAUAAUUACGAUAAACCCACUUACAAAGCUCUACCUGAUACUCCCAAAGUCAAUUUCAACAUUUCUCAUCAUGGCUCUUACACAGUUCUUGCUGGAGAAAUUGAAAGCAGGACUGUUGGUGUUGAUAUAAUGAAGCUUGAAUACACAGGUGGAAAAGCACUGAAUGAAUUUUUUCGUAUCAUGAAUCGAAACUUCACGUCGGAUGAGUGGAAAACUAUUCGAGGCACAAACAUUUCCGAACAAAAGCAAAUUGCCAAUUUUUGCAGAAAUUGGGCUCUGAAAGAAAGCUACACAAAGGCUCUUUCAAUUGGAGUUUCAGCAGAUCUGAAUAAAUUAAAUUUUAAGAUACAAUCUGAACUACAAGAGAAUCGAAUAACAAGAGAUACCUGUUUGUAUGUAAAUGAUAAAAAACAGGAUUAUACAUUUGAAGAAUCAUUGAUAGAUAAGGAUCACUGUGUUGCUGUUGCCUUAGAUUCUACUGAUUUUGAUACCAAUUCUUCUAUCUGUGAUAAUUUUUUCAAAGUUUUGAACUUUCAACAAGUCAUGGACAAGUCAGUACCUCGUUCAUCACCUGAUCUUGAAUACACUAAAAGGUUCUUUUUGAAAGAGCAAUGUCCAUCUUAGAUGUAAAAGCAAGGAGUAACAAUCUUUUAACAUGUAUAAAAUAAUAUUUUUCAUAUUAAAUAAAUUAUUUGAACUCAUGCAGUAUUUAUUGGGAUAGAUAAUACAACAAUGAGCCAAUCUUUAGCUACUAAAAAAAAAAACUUGCUCUGUAUAUACACAACAUAUUUUUUUAGAAUAAAAAUAAAAUGCGUAAAAAAUUAAUUGAUAAAUCCAUUAUUUUAAUGAGAUGGCACAUUUUAUAUUGUUAUUUGAACUUUUUUUCGAAGGAGCUUAAUAAAAGAUGAAUCCAUGAUUAUGCAACCACAUGUGAAUUAGCGAUUGGUGAAGUUUUAAGUCACGCUGUACGACCGAAAAAUGUCUUAUUAAAAAAAUAAAAGAUAA